GACCCUUUACCAACCCAACGAUGAAAAUGCAUAAGUCAACAAAUAGAAGUUAGACAGAAUAAAUGUCAAAAUAGAAUUCUUCCAAUACACAGUGUGUACAUAGUACAUACUGAAUCCCUUUGCGCCAAUAAUGGAUUCAAACCUUGACUUGCUCUCCGUCUUUGUUUUCCUCUCUGAAGAAGACGUCAAUGACAUUAGAGACUGCAGCACGCAGCGCGGCGCCACCUCGGAGAGUCUGCGUGUGGACGCCCCUGGCUCCUCCCACAUGUCAAGUCACAGCGGGGAGCUGCGCAUCCUGAGCGUCUACGGACAAGGGGAGGGCCCACUGGCGGUGGACGGCCAUGACACCCUCUUUGCCGCGUCAGAACUGGAGGCCUUGAGCUCGCUGUCCGCUGACCACAGCGUGGCCAAGAGCCUGAACUGCAGCGUGAGGCUCGUCCGCCUUGAGGAGCUGACUGGGCAUCAGGGCGGCCGCAAGGGCUGGCCCGGUGUCUUGGGUGGCAAGGUUAUUCCCAACAAUGCCAAUAUGAUCGUCCACAUGAGGACCCACAACGACGAGAAGCCGUACCGGUGCGACCAAUGCAUGAAUCGCUUCCAAUGGCAAAGCGACCUGAAGAUCCACAUGAGGACUCACUCCGGGGAGAAGCCCUACAAGUGCGACCAAUGCACGAAGCGGUUCAGUCGGAAAAGCCACCUUAAGAUCCACAUGAGGACUCACACCGGCGAGAAGCCCUACAGGUGUGGCCAAUGCAUUAAGCGCUUCGGAGAGAGCUCCAAGCUGAAGCUCCACAUGAGGACUCACUCUGGCGAGAAGCCCUACAGGUGUGCCCAAUGCACGAAGCGCUUCAGUCAGAGCUCUGCGCUGAAGACCCACAUGAGGACUCACACAAGCGAGAAGCCAUACAGGUGUGACCAAUGCACGAUGCGCUUCAGUCGUGUCUCCACCCUGAAGAUCCACAUGAGGACUCACUCCGGCGAGAAGCCCUACAGGUGUGACCAAUGCAGGAUGCGCUUCAGUCGGAAAGGCUCUCUGAUGAUCCACAUGAGGACUCACUCCGGGGAGAAGCCCUACAAGUGUGACCAAUGCACGAUGCGCUUCAGUCACGGCUCCGCCCUGAAGAUUCACGUGAGGACUCACUCUGGUUUCUGCGAUGCCUUCGGAGACCGUAGCACGCAGCGCGGCGCAACCUCAGAGUGUCUGGGUGUGGACGCCCCUGGCUCCUCCUACAUGUCCAGCCACAGCGAGGAGCUGAAGUUCCUGAGCGUCUACGAAGACGGCAGUGACAUUAGAGACCGCAGCACGCAGCGCGGCGCCACCUCGGAGAGUCUGCGUGUGGACGCCCCUGGCUCCUCCCACAUGGCCAGUCACAGCGGGGAGCUGCGCAUCCUGAACUGCAGCGUGAGGCUCGUCCGCCUUGAGGAGCUGACUGGGCAUCAGGGCGGCCGCAAGGGCCGGCCCGGUGUCUUGUGUGGAAAGGUUGUUCCCAACGAUGCCAAUAUGAUCGUCCACAUGAGGACCCACGCGGACGAGAAGCAGUACGGGUGCGACCAAUGCAUGAGGCGCUUCAAAUGGCAAUGCUCCCUGACGGUCCACAUGAGGACUCACUCUGGGGAGAAGCCCCACAAGUGUGACCAAUGCACGAAGCGCUUCAGUCUGAGAGGCCACCUGAACACCCACAUGAGGACUCACUCCGGGGAGAAGCCCUACAAGUGUGACCGAUGCACGAAGCGCUUCCGUAAGAACUGUCACCUGAAGCGCCACAUGAUGACUCACUCCGGGGAGAAGCCCUACAAGUGUGAACAAUGCAAGAAGCGCUUCGGUCGGAAAGGCAACCUGAAGAUCCACAUGAGGAUUCACUCUGGGGAGAAGCCCUACAGCUGUGACCAAUGCACGGAGCGCUUCAGUCUGAAAGCCAACCUGAAGAACCACAUGAUAACUCAUUCCGACGAGAAGCCCUACAAGUGUGACCAAUGCACGAAGUGCUUCAGUGUGACAAGGGACCUGAAGCUCCACAUGAUGGCUCACACCGGGGAGGAUCCCUACGAGUGUGACCAAUGCAGGAAGCAAUUCUUUUCGAAAAACCAACUGGAGAUCCAUAUGAGGAGUCACUCCGACGAGAGGCCCUACAUGUGUGACCAAUGCACGACGCGCUUCAAAGAUCGUUGCACCCUGAAGCGCCACAUGAUGACUCACUCCAGCGAGAAGCCCUACAAGUGUGACCAAUGCACGAAUCGCUUCGGUCGGACAUCACAGCUGAAGAGCCACCUGAAGACUCACCGCAGGGAGAAGCCCUACAAGUGUGACCAAUGCACGAAGCGCUUCAGUUUGGAAACCGACCUGAAGAUCCACAUGAGGACUCAUUCUGGUGAGAAGCUCUACGGGUGUGACCAAUGCACGAAGCGCUUCCAACAUCAAGGCAGCCUGAAGGUCCACAUUAGGACUCACUCCGGCGAGAAGCCCCUCCUGAAGCGCCACAUGAUGACUCACUCCGGGGAGAAGCCCUACAAGUGUGACCAAUGCACGAUGCGCUUCAGUCGGAAUAGCCAGCUGAAGAUCCACAUGAGGACCCACACUGGCGAGAAGCCCUACAGGUGUGACCAAUGCAUGAGGCUCUUCGGAGAGAGCUCCAAGCUAAAGAUCCACAUGAGGACUCACACUGGUGAGAAGCCCUACAAGUGUGACCAAUGCACGAAGCGCUGCCGUCAGAGAUACGCCCUGGUGACCCACAUGAGGACUCACUCCGGGGAGAAGCCCUACAAGUGUGACCAAUGCACGAAGUGCUUCAGUCGUGUCUCCUACCUGAAGAUCCACAUAAGGACUCACUCUGGUUAGAAGUGCACAUGCUCAAGCUCACGGACAAUGGGGUGCUUUGACAUGGGGUAACAAUAUGCUUUGAUUGACACCUCUAUCCUGUAUUCGUUGAAAUGAAUGCUCUUUUUUUUUUUUUCACUUGCAUUUUUAUUGCAAAAUUCACAUAGACAGUAUAUAGUCAAAAAUAAUACAGAAAACAAAACGGAAACGAAUCAAAGUUUGGCUUGGGAGUUACAUUUCUAGCAGUUAUUUUCGUGUCUUCAUCUAAGUCAUUUGUUCCCGUCUAUAUUCCUCGUCGCCGGUUUUGGUUCUGAAUAUUGUCCAUUUCUCCAACUUUUCUUCAAGCUGUGCUUGAUGUCGUCUUAGGCGGUGUGUCAGUUUCUCCAUAACAUAGAUUUCUUCCAAUAUGCCUAUCCAUUCUUCCUUACGAGGAGGCUCCACCUUACCACAUUUCCUAGUUAUGGCCUUCUUACUAGCUAUCAGUAGUAUUUGAACCAAAUAUUUAUCUCACUCUUGUACUCCCUUCGGUAAAAUUGAAAUUACAAAGGUAUAGUACCAUAUAGCUCAUUGGAAUAUCGUAACUUAGUAUCUUUUGUACAGUUUCAUGUACAAUUCCCCAAAAGUUAAAAUACCCCAUGACAUUUCCAAACAAUGUGUGAGUGGUCUGCAGCAUCCUUUACUCCACACUCUCCAACGUGUUCAAUUUGUGUUAUUAUACUUGCUCUUGACCUUGGGCGUGAUUUAAAAAAAUAAAAAAAAAACAGACCCAAUUUUUCCAAGAGAACUGCCUCCAUAUCCGUGAAUUACUGGUUGUUUGAUGCGUUUUCACCCAUGUCUUGCCAAUCAUCAUCCGAAAUGUUCGUAUUAAACUGAUUCCUAUUUUUCCUUUAUGUAUUUAGUUGAAUGUUCAGUUAUCAAUGUUUGAUAUGAAGCAGAUAUGAUUUUUUUCCUUUGUAUGUAUUCAUUAUAAUUUGGAUCACACCAUUCACUUCAGUGGAGGGGUCUAUCUCGAUUUCUUUUUCAUAAUAAUCUCUUAGUUGUAGGUACCUGUAGAAUUCCUGUUUAUCCAAACUAUAUUUAUCCUUCACGUUUUGGAAACUCCAGUGCCCCAUCCUUCUCUAAAGACACCAUGCCGUGACUCCCUUGUCUACCCACUGCUUGAAUCCUUUAUCAUAUUCAUCUGAUUUAAAAUUACUGUCAAAUGCUAUCUAAUAACUUUUGUUUUUCUUUAUCCUAUAAUUUUUAAUAACUCUGAACCAUAGUUCAAGUGUCAAUGUAGCAAUUGAAUCUAUAUUGUUUUUAGUCCUUUUGUACAUUUCUUGAUCUCCAAUAAGGCUCUGGAAAGGAUAUUUUACAAACUCUAUUUCCCUGUCUUUCCACUUUUCCUGUAAUCUGGCAUGCACCCACAUAUAAUAUGCCUAAAGUGGGCAGCGUGAAAGUACUUUCAGUUUCAGGAGACCCAUAUCUCCUUUAUCUUUUGGUAACUGGAGAGUUUCGUACCUAACCCUUGUUUUUUUGCCUCCCCAGAUAAACCGAGAUAUUAACCUGUCCCAGGUCACAAAUUGGGUUUGGGGGACCUCUACUGAUAGGGACUGGAAUAAAUAAAGAAGUCUUGGUUGAACAUU